AUGUUUGCUAAAUUAGGAUUGAAUACUUCUGCUCCAUACCAUGUAUUGAUAUACUCAUUAAUAUUUGGAGCCUCGACUUUCCACUCUUUUAUUCUUUCGCCAAUUGCUUUUAAGCACUUGAGGAGAGAGGACUUCGGAAACUUGCAAAACAAAAUCUUCCCCACGUAUUUUUUAGCGCAGACUGCCACUCCUAUCUUGUUGGGACUUACAGCUCCUUUCAAGCUUUGCCCUUUCGGUAUUGGUUUAUUAGCUGCAUCAGGAAUUGCCGGAGCAGUGAAUUAUUUUGUAUUGUUGCCGUUAUGUCAAAGAAUAAAGGAAGAAAGAACAAAGUUACAGAAGGAAUUAGGAGCUGAAGCAGAGCCAACUGAAGAAUUGGUUGCCUUGAAUAAAAGGUUUGGAUUUGCUCAUGGCAUUUCAUCUUUAGCCAACUUGAUUUCCAUUGUUGCUUUAGGGUUCUACGGCCCUUACUUGACUAGAGGUUUAGUUAAAGUAUGA